AUAAAUAGAAUGGUUAAAUUUAUAUGUUAAACUUUAACAGCAAUAAGUGAGAACACUGUUUUAUGUAACACUGUUUUAAGGAUAUCAUUAUUUCAAACUCUGGUUGAUAGAUAUGGUCAGAUAUGUAGCUUAUAUAGAACGGAAGCUACAUCACAGGAGUUUAAUUUGGAAAACGAUUUUUGUACUAUUGUUGAAUUGAUAUAAAGUUUGACUUUAUGUAACUUUAAAGAGGGAGACAAACCAAAAUGGCUACUGGCGCACAUCACGUCGACACAUCGGAUGAGAUAUUUGAUUUCACAUGUUCACCUUGCUCGGAACAGAACAAAAAUAGGGAAGCUGUAAGAUAUUGCGUGGAAUGUCAGGAUUAUUACUGUCAAUCAUGUACGGACAUGCACAAGAUGUUUCCCGCAAUGAGAGGACAUAAGCUUCUCCAUACAGCCGACUAUAGCUCGUCAAGUCAUCACCCAGGUCUUCCCCCGGUGCCGACGGAAAGAUGUAACAACCAUAAGACAAAGUUAAUAGACAUGUAUUGUUGGGGUCAUGAUGAAGUCUGUUGUACAUCGUGUGUAGCUGAAAAUCACAGGUCAUGUGAUUCAGUAACAAGUAUAACAGAUGUCAUUAAGAAGAGCGCAGCGAGCAAAGAAACAGAUACACUAAUCCAAGAACUUAACACACUGAUUAAUGUCUGCUCAGAAAUCAAAACGGCCAAAGAAACAGAUUUGUCAGAAAUAAAUCUAGCAAAGGAAAGGGCCAUUGGUGAAAUUGAAAAGCACAGAAAGGAGAUAGAUACUCUUCUUGAUGAGCUUGAAAAUGCUUCAAAAACGAAAAUUGAAAAUGAAUACAAGAAGCUUUUGGAUGAAUCUUCAAAUGUGAAGCAGAAAAUAACAGAGUAUGAAAGCAGACUGCAGAAACGUGUUUCCGCUCUGCAAUCGCCGGUAAGUAACAAAGCACAAAGAUUUGUUUCUGAGAAACUCGGACACAAAGAUCUCGUUGAAAUAUCUGAAGUUGCAUGCACGUUUUCAAGAGAAAAUAAAACAUUAUUUGAGUUUUAUGGUGACCUAAAACUUGUUAAAGUGUUUUCGGAGAUGGAGUCAUUGGGAGAGGUCAAACGACAUGUUAAAUGCCACGGUGCACCAGUCAAAACAUGUUAUGAAAUAAAAAAGACAUAUGAACAAAAUGUAAAUAUUCCGAGUGACAAAGGUACAUGUGACAUUUGGUCCUGUUGUUUUGAUGAUAAGAGAAACUUGCUUCUGACUGAUUGGACUAACAAUGCCAUAAAACGAGUGAACUUACAAACAGAAUCGGUCACUGACAUCUGUAGUAUGCCUGACCGUCCAAGAGCAGUAUGUUGUGUUAACAAGGAAGAAGCUGCUGUUAGUCUGACUAACAGAAGUAUCCAGUUUAUCUCCAUUCGUGAUCAGAUGAAGAUUACAAGACAAGUUAAACUUGUCCACCCAUGCUGGGGCAUUGCCUAUAAUGAGGGAAAUAUGUAUAUCACUGAUGGAUACAAAAAUCUGUAUAUUUAUAACUUAUCUGGAAAACUCAUCAAGGUUGUUAACCAUGAUAAUAAAGGGAAUGAUAUAUUUUUCCAGACCAGACAUGUUACUUUCGAUAGAUGUAGCGAAAACGUGUACGUUACUGACAACAGAAACGAGCUUGUUUCUUUCAAUAAGGAAGGUAAAUAUAUCUCCAGUAUAACUGAUGGAUUACUUGAUACAGCAGUAGGUGUAUGUUCCGACGGAAGAGGAAGUGUCUUUGUUGGUGGGUAUGGCUCCAAAAAAGUGAUUCAUGUUGGAGCCGAUGGUCAGAUACUUGGUGAGGUUGUAGGAAAGUCGCACAGGUUGGGUUCUAUUUGCUCAGUAUGUUUUGAUGAACAUCAUAAACGACUAGUCGUUACCAUCAGCAACAGCGACAAGAUUCACAUAUUUGAUCUAAAGUAAGCGACUAGACAUUACCAUCAGCAACAGCGACACGAUUCACGUAUUUGUUGUAGAGUGAGGUCUAAAAUAUAUCCCGUUUAUUAUCAUCAGUGCUUGGUUCAUUUGGCGUUCUGCCAGGUUUGCUCCAGAAAAAAAGGCUAGAAAGAGAUCGGUGUGAGCAUUAACUUAUAUUCAUAACGCUGACAGACCAUGAUAACCAUAAACUGCGACAGCAUUUUGGAAUCGAUUCAUUUAUCUAAGGUCCAAUAUAGUUGACGUUUAUGACAUUUGCAAAGUGAUAUUCACUUUUGACAGUACGUAGUAUGUAGAUAAUUGCCCUACUUCACUUUAAUAGCAAGAACUACGACAAAAACACGGUGAAAAAAGUUCUAACAAAUGUAUAUCACGAAAAAAUACUUAUCAUCUAUACUUUGCAAAAUGUAAUGGUCAUCUGUGUAGUUCAUUAUGCCACUGAUUUUGUGCUGUCUAUGACAUGUAAAUAUUAUAUUGUAUAAAAAUGUAAACAAGUAUAAUACUAGUAUUAUAAAAUAAU